UUCAACGCGUAUUUACCAGCUGCUCAGACUGACCUCACGAUGGGCUCGUCUCAUAGCUCCGCGGGCCAAAUGGCAGCAUCAUUCAAAACACCACCCUUCGCACCGCCGAAUCGUUUCCAUGGCCGCCGUCAUCUGCAAAGGUACUGCAUCUGUCCGCACUGUUCGUACAACUACAGGGCAGGUCGAAGAGGAUGCGAUGCGUGCGGCAAUCGAUGGAAACAAAAAUUUGGCGAGCGAUUGGCUGUCCCAGAACAACCUCAUCAUGUGCGUCAAGUCCGAUCCAUUGAUGGCGGGGAAUUGAAUCAGAUCAUGCAACUUGGGUUGCCCGAGGAAGCGAAACGAGAUCUUCUUGGAUCCUGUGUCGGGAAAUACGAGCCAUCUAGGAAACCUGUUGAUGACGAUGGCAACGACGAAGAGGUUUCAACCGCCAGCGUCGAUGUCUUGGGGAACCAUGCCGGGGCGCACAACCCUAGUAUAAUACUCACGUCCGUAGAUGAUGCCAAGCCUACCAUGGACAGUUGCACAUGGGGGGCGCUUGAAAUGGGUAAGUUCUUCCUAAUACAGCGCGCCAUGUGGCGGUUCUGA